ACGCUUCCCAUGUGUUUAUUGAUAAAGAGUCUUUGUUUCGCCGAAAGGUUAACAGGAGAGUAACACUACUCCUCUCUAUCUCUCUCUACUUUCUCUCUCUCACAUAUACAUUUUCAAUUUACACGCACACUUGGCCUCAACCAAUCGUGUUUCACCACCGUCUCUUUCAAUUCCUAAUCUUUCUCAUUUCGUCUCAGAAUUUUCUUCGUCUGUUCAAACGACGUCGCUUAAGUCAAUGAUCACCUCCUCCAUUUUCUCGAUUCGCUACGCAAUUCGGUAGUCUAGGGUUUUGAAUACGAUUCUUUCGGAGCUCAAAAAUUCUCCAUGGAUGGUGGUAAUUCCAGCUCGGAGUUGUACCGACCAUGUGUACAACAAGCACAUAGUCUAAGUUUCGAUGGAAGUACCGUAACAUCCAUGGGGUUACAAGGUUCGGAACAGUAUAGUUCCGUGCAGUAUAUGGGCGAUUUUCACCUGGUCGGAGUUCCGGCGGCGGUCACCGUAGGUUCUCCGACUACGGUAGCUGUAGAUGGCAGGACUUCAGUUGCAAACGUGAUCGGCGACGGCGUCGAGAAGCGGAAGCGAGGGCGGCCACCUCGUAACCACACGACGGUGGCAAAACCUCCGCCGCCAAAGAAACCGCGAGAAGAGGACGAAGAUGUUUGCUUCAUAUGUUUCGAUGGUGGUUCUCUUGUACUUUGCGAUCGCAAGGGGUGUCCGAAGGCAUAUCAUCCAGCUUGUAUUAAGCGGGAUGAGGCAUUUUUUCGCUCCAAGGCAAAAUGGAACUGCGGUUGGCAUAUUUGUAGUGUGUGCCAAAAAGCUUCCCACUACCUGUGCUAUACUUGUACAUAUUCAUUGUGCAAGGCAUGUACAAAAAAUGCUGAUUACUUGUGUGUUCGGGGAAACAAGGGUUUUUGCUCGACGUGCAUGAGAACUAUCAUGCUUAUUGAGAACAAAGACCAAGCAAAUAAGGAAAUGGUUCAGGUAGAUUUUGAUGACAAAAGCAGCUGGGAAUAUCUCUUUAAGGUGUAUUGGGUAAUCCUAAAGGAAAAACUAUCAUUAACACUGGAUGAACUUCUUCAAGCUAAAAAUCCAUGGAAAGAAUCAGAUGCAGUUCAUGGUAAGCGGCAGCUAAUGCCUUGUGGUCAUUAUGUUGCAAAUGAUGGCAAAAGUAUUGCAGGCAAGUCAUUUGACUAUAUAGAGCAGAAGAAACCCAUAGAACCGUUAGAACUAUCUAAAAAGGAUCCUCCAACCGCUGAAAUCCGAGCAGUUUCAGACUCUGGUAACACGAGCAUUCUCAGUUCUACUCCUCUGUUAGAGCUAACCAAGCCUGUUCAAGAGCUAAAGGUUCAGAAUGAAGAUUGUUUGAGGUCAAAACGGGAAAGCACUGUUGCGGAGACAUCACUGAACGGAUGCAUGGAGUGGGCGUCAAAGGAGCUUUUGGAUUUUGUUGCACAUAUGAAGGAUGGUGAUACCUGUGCUAUAUCUCAGUUUGAUGUCCAGGCACUUUUGCUCGACUAUAUUAAGAGAAAUAAUCUUCGAGAUCCUCGAAGGAAGAGCCAAAUAAUUUGUGAUUUGAGGCUCAAAAGCCUUUUCGGAAAGCCACGCGUUGGCCACAUAGAAAUGCUGAAGCUUCUCGAGUUUCACUUUUUGAUAAAGGAGGAGUCAAAGAAGAGUGCUUUUAUACCAGCUGGAAUUGUUGGAACAAUGACUAGCCACGUGGAACCUGAUGAUAGUAAUGAUAUUCCUUCAUCUAAAAAACGUAGAACUCGUAAAAAUGGUGAAGUAAAAAUGACCCAGAUUAAUCUGGAUGAAUAUGCUGCAAUUGAUGCUCACAAUAUAAACUUCAUAUAUUUGAGGCGUGAUUUGAUGGAAACUCUUGCUGAAGAUGUGGAAAAGUUCCAUGACAGAGUUAUUGGGUCAGUUGUCCGCAUAAGAAUACCUGGCAACGAUCAGAAGCAGGAAAUCUACAGGCUUGUCCAUGUUGUAGGUACAAGUAAGUCAUCUGAACCAUAUAAGAUUAGAGACAAGACAGUUGAUGUAUUACUUGAAGUAUUGAACUUAGACAAGAAAGAAGCCUUAUCCAUUGAUUCUAUUUCAAAUCAAGAUUUCUGUGAGGAUGAAUGCAGAAGACUGCGUCAGAGUAUAAAAUGUGGGCUUGUGAAACGGCUUACUGUAGGUGAGAUACAGAAGAAAGCUAUGGAACUCCGGGCAGUAAAACUCAAUGAUUCCCUGGAAGCAGAGAUAUUGCGCCUCAAUCAUCUUCGUGAUAGAGCAAGUGAGAAGGGGCACAAGAAAGAGCUCAGAGAAUGUAUAGAGAAGUUAGAGCUUCUGAAGACACCUGAGGAGCGCCAGCGGAGGCUACUGGAAAUUCCAGAAGUGCAUGCUGAUCCAAUGAUGGACCCAGAUUAUGAAUCCGAAGGAGAUGAUGGAGGAUCCAAUUACAAGAGAAAAGUUGAAUAUCUGGCACCAAGAUGCACUAGAAUUAGUAGAAGGGAUGAAAAACUUAUGUCUUCAGGAAGUCUAGCUAAAGAAGAGGGAUCUGUCAUGGCUCGAUGUAGAAUGAGUGAGAAAAGAGAAGCUUGUGGAUCUAAUAUCUUGGACAAGCUAGGAAAUCGACUUACUGCUGAACAGGCUGUCGAUAGGUCUGGAUCUGAAACUUCAAUUGCUAGUCUCUCUCCGGUGAACUCAUCAUCCGCUAACAGUAUUGAAACUGACAAACUGUGGCAUUACCGAGACCCUGCUGGUAGAAUACAAGGACCAUUUUCCGUUAUGCAGUUGAGGAAAUGGAAUACAUCAGGGCUUUUUCCUCCUGAAAUGAGGAUAUGGACAAAUCAUGAGCAUGAUGACUCGAUACUUUUAACGAAUGCGUUAAAGGGGCUUUUCCAUAAAGAACCUCAAGUGCAUGGUAAGACAUCAAGCCAGUCAUGGGAACCAGUUGCCUCGGAUAGUAGAGCUAGUGUUAGGUGGUCUGAGACUGCUACUGGCUCAGGGGGAGAAUGUGGAAAAAGAGAGGCACCUGGGCACCCCCACAAAGCAAAUUAUCAUUCAAACGGUAACACAGAGUUUACGAGGAUGAAUGGGUUAUCCCCUUCUUUUCCACAAUGCUUGGAUUCAUUGAAGGGAAAUAGUUCUUGUUCUGACAAACCCCAAUUGCCGAGCCCUGUCCCUUCAUCUAGUCAGCGGGAGGUGAUUUUAGCUCUUCCACGUCAGGAAAGAGGAAAUGCAAAUGAUAAUUGUCGUCCUGCUACAGAUCAUGGAACUCAGAAUUCACGUGGAAGCGCAAUGUGCCAGAUAAAUGAUGGCUGUGGUCAUAAUACACAGUCUAACAGCCGGAAUUUAGGCUCGUCUUUGGGGCAGAACCCGGGAUCCUUUACCAGUAAUAGAUAUACAAUUAACCUGGAUUCUGGAUCUAGAUUUGCUUCAGCUACCAAAUCAAGUGAUUCAUUUGAACAGAAAGGAAACAUGAGUCUUCCAAACUUACCUAGUCCUACUCCAGAGACAAGCUAUGGUGAACUUGAAGCUCAGGCCGCUGAGAAACUGCUUUUGUUGAGUUCUGUUAUUCCUGUUUGUGGUUCAGAUAAUCAUGAUUUGCCAAGUCCGACCCCUAUUUCAGACCGUGAAACUCAAGGUGGGCAUGCAGCUGAAAAUAAAGAAUCUGUUCCGUCAAGUCUUCCUGUUCAGGAAUCAGGCCAUAAGUGGAGCAGUGCCUCUAGUCCAGUGGUUGGUGGAGUCCAACUUCGCGAAAUAGCUGAUGGAUGUGGUAGAAGUUCACCAGCUGCAAAACCAUCUACUGAAGAAUGGGAUUCUGGUAUCGUGUCUGCUAGCGUCUCUGCUUCCUCACUGAAACCGGCUGAAGCAGUAGGUAAUCAUGUUGCCUCACCUACUUCAAAUGCGGACCAACUUACUGCAAAACCAUCUACUGAAGAAUGGGAUUCUGGUAUCGUUUCUUCUUCGUCACUGAAACCGGCUGAAGCAGUAGGUAAUCAUGUUGCCUCACCUACUUCAAAUGCGGACCAACUUACUGCAAAACCAUCUACUGAAGAAUGGGAUUCUGGUCUUGUCUCCGUUUCCUCAGCAAAACCAGCUGAAGCAGUGGGUGAUCAUGUUGCAACGCCUACUUCAAAUGCCGGCCAACUUAAUCAUACUUCCCCAUCUCAUACAGUGUCAAACUUUUUUGGCGAGCCUAUAGAGUUCAGCACUUUGGCUGAGGAAUCAGUGUCAGACCUGUUGGCUGAAGUUGACGCCAUGGAGUCUCAAAAUCAAAAUAAUAUGGGUUCCCCUACUUCUGCCAUGAGGUGCGGUGAGGAGAUGAUACCUGGUUGCAGAAAUGACUGUUUUAGCCCGAUUGAGGAGCUGAGUCCUACCCACGAUCCUGUAAGAAGUGAUGCCUUGAGCUCCACCGGAGAUCUACAAUUACCUUGUCAAUCUACUGUGACGGAUGAAACAGUUGGGGCAUCUCGAGCUGAUGCAUUUGAUCCAUUAAGGAGGUCUGGUGGAAAUUCAUCUACGAGUAGUGAAGGAGAAACCAAGUCCGCUGAUGUUUUGUUUUCCCAGGGAGACGCUGGGUCCAAUAUGCCUUGUACCAUUAGUCAAACUACUGCAUUUUCUGCUAUGGGUCGGAAUACAGGGUUGGAAGGUAUGACCAGUGGCCGUGGGGCAGCACCUGGAAACCCGAUAUGGGGUGGACCAGUUCAGGGAUAUGCAAAUGUUGGUUUUAACAGCAGCAUGGGAGCUGCAUGGGGAAAUUCACAUAUGAAUCGAGGCGCCCCUUUCACUGGGAAUGCAGUGUGGGAUAGCCAGCGGAGGUAUGCAGGGGAAAGGUCUGGUGGUCCAAGAGAGUGGGCUCUUCAAGGAGGAGAGUCGGGAUUUGGUAGGGGCAGGUCAUCUUGGAACAGACAGCAGCCAUAUGGUGGUGGAGGAUACUCUAGGCCUCCUCCC